AUGAAAAAAUGCACAAACUUCAAAUGCAACAUUGGUGAUACAUCAUCGCCAGCUUCUGAUAUCCCAAUUUCUGAAAAUUCUUCUAAAAGACUUCGAAGAGUUGAUGGCAAUGAAUUUAUUAUUAGUUCAUUAGAGUUUGAUCCUAGAUUGUGUCGUCAGAUAUGGGAAUAUGAUGUUAAUCACGAAGAUGAAAUUCGAAGAGCUUACAUUAAUGCUAGUCCAUACCGACCUCCGAUCUCAAAUUACCCGAAAUCUGGAAAAGAAAGUCAUCUUCGUAGCUUUCAACCUUCGUGGUACAAUCUAUUUCCUUCGUGGCUUGAAUAUUCACGUGAGAAAGAUGCAGCCUUUUAUCUACCUUGUUUUCUCUUUAAUAAGCCAUCUGGGCAUUUUACACAACGUGUAUUCACUAUAGAUGGAUUUAGGAAUUGGAAGAAAGUUAGAAAUGGAAAAGAUUGUGUUUUUCUCAAUCAUAUAGGAAAAGAUCCUACUUCAUUUCACAGAGUUGCUGAGAAGUCAUAUGAAGAUUUGAAAAACCAAUCUCAACAUAUGCAGAAUGUGUUUGAAAAGCUCACUUCUGAACAAAUUGCAAACAAUCGACUGCAGUUGAAAGCCUCAAUUGAUGUUCUUGCUGAAGUGAUCGCUAAAGCUCCCAAAAAUGCCACUUACACAUCACCAAUGGUACAAAAACAAAUUUUACAUGUUUUUUCAGCCAAAGUAAAGGAAAUAAUUCAUAAUGAAAUUGGUGAUGCAAAGUUUUGUAUAAUUGUUGAUGAAGCUCGUGAUGAGUCAAUGAAUGAGCAAAUGGCUAUAGUUUUAAGAUUUGUUGAUAAUAAUGGUUUUGUGCGAGAACGCUUUUUUGGACUUGUUCAUGUCUCUGAUACUGCGGCAUUAACCUUAAAAAAAGGUAUAUAUUCUGUAUUGUCUAAACAUCAACUAGACAUUCAAAAUAUUCGAGGGCAAGGAUAUGAUGGCGCAAGUAAUAUGCGAGGGGGGUGGAAUGGGUUGCAAGCUUUGGUUUCAAAUGAUUGUACAUAUGCCUACUACAUUCAUUGUUUCUUACAUCGUUUGCAAUUGGCAUUAGUGGCGGCAUCAAAAGAAGUCAUUUCUGUUAAUCAAUUUUUUACCAAAUUGAAUGUUGUUGUCAAUUUUGUUUGUGCCUCAUGCAAUCGGUAUGAAGAAUUGCGGGUUGCCCAAGCUGCUGAAAAUGCUUACAUGAUUGCAAUUGAUGAGAUUAAAAGUGGAAGGGGCUUAAUCAAAUUAGUAUGCUACAACGAUCUGGAGAUGCGCGUUGGAUCAGUUUCUAACUUGAUCAAAAUUUAUACUCCAGCUUGUGAAGUUAUUGUUAAAAUCAUUGAUGUGGGAAUUUCUUCUUCCCAACGAGCAGAAGCUGAUUCAGUUCAUCAGAUAAUGACUUCAUUUGAAUUUGUAUUCAUCUUACAUCUUAUGAAAGAAACUAUAUAG